AUGGAAGCAGGGGAAAACUGUUGCGUAAAAGUCGCGGUUCAUGUGCGGCCGUUAAUCGCCGACGAAAAGCUUCAAGGAUGCAAAGACUGUGUCACCGUCGUCUCCGGGAAGCCUCAGGUACAAAUUGGUGCUCACUCAUUUACAUUUGAUCAUGUCUACGGAAGCACUGGUUCUCCCUCGUGUAACAUGUUUGAUGAUUGUGUUGCUCCACUUGUUGAUGGUUUGUUUCAAGGAUAUAAUGCUACUGUUCUGGCAUAUGGUCAGACAGGUUCUGGGAAAACGUACACCAUGGGAACUGGCUUCAAAGAAGGUUUCCAAACUGGUGGAGUAAUACCCCAAGUUAUGAAUGUUUUGUUCAACAAAAUUGGGACCUUCAAGCACCAGACUGAAUUUCAGUUGCAUGUUUCCUUUAUUGAGAUUCUUAAAGAAGAAGUAAGAGAUUUACUGGAUCCCUCCCCCAUGGGGAAACCAGAAACUACAAAUGGACAUGCAGGAAAAAUGACAUCUCCUGUGAAGCCGCCAAUACAAAUUCGCGAGACAUCAAGUGGUGUUAUAACUCUUGCAGGAUCUACUGAAGUUAGUGUCACCACAUUAAAAGAAAUGGCUGCUUGCCUGGAACAAGGAUCCUUGAGUAGAGCAACUGGGAGCACAAAUAUGAAUAAUCAAUCCAGUCGAUCUCAUGCAAUCUUCACCAUCACAUUAGAGCAAAUGUGCAAGGCCAAGAAUCCUAAUGACAGCUGCUUAAAUGAUACUAUGAAUGACGAGUAUCUUUGUGCUAAGUUGCACUUGGUAGAUCUUGCCGGAUCAGAACGUGCUAAAAGAACAGGGUCUGAUGGUAUGCGUUUUAAGGAAGGCGUUCAUAUUAACAGAGGACUUCUAGCACUUGGUAAUGUUAUUAGUGCACUUGGUGAUGAAAAGAAGCGAAAGGAAGGCGUUCAUGUUCCAUAUAGGGACAGUAAACUUACUCGGCUUUUACAGGAUUCACUUGGGGGUAACAGCAGAACUGUCAUGAUAGCGUGCAUAAGUCCUGCUGAUAUUAAUGCUGAGGAAACCCUAAACACUUUGAAGUAUGCAAAUCGUGCACGCAAUAUCCAAAAUAAGCCUGUUGUCAACAGAGAUCCCAUGUCCAGUGAGAUGCUAAAAAUGAGACAAAAACUGGAGUAUUUGCAGGCAGAACUUUGUGCCCGUGCCGGUGGCUCAUCUGGGGAAGUUCAGGGUCUUAAGGAAAGGAUUGUUUGGCUUGAAGCUGCUAAUGAAGAUCUUUGCCGUGAACUUCAUGAACACCGUAGUAGAUGUUCUAUCUUAGAACUAAGUGAAAAGGAUGCUUAUGAUGGUGGCACAUGCAUUGUGAAGACGGAUGGGCUUAAGAGGACCUUACCUAUCAUAGUGGCUGAUUACCCAAUGAAUGAAACAGCAGCAGGUGAUUCAAAAGAAAUUGAAGAAGUAGAAAAAGAAUGGGAGCACAAACUUCUGCAAAAUAGUAUGGAUAGAGAGUUGCAUGAAUUGAAUAAACGCUUGGAGCAGAAAGAGUUUGAGAUGAAGCUGUUUGGAGUAUCCGAUGCUGAAAUACUCAAGCAACGCUUUGGAAGGAAGAUAAUGGAACUUGAGGAUGAGAAGAGAACAGUGCAGCGAGAAAGAGAUUGUCUUUUGGCUGAAGUUGAAAAUCUUGCUGCCAACUCUGAUGGACAAACACAGAAGUUAGAGGAUACCCAUUCCCAAAAAUUGAAAACACUUGAAGCACAAAUUUUGGAUCUGAAGAAGAAGCAAGAGAAUCAAGUCCAGCUUAUGAAGCAAAAGCAAAAAAGUGAUGAAGCAGCGAAGAGGUUGCAAGAUGAAAUACAGUCUAUAAAGGCCCAAAAGGUUCAAUUGCAACAAAAAAUAAAACAAGAAGCAGAACAGUUUCGACAGUGGAAGGCUUCUAGAGAGAAAGAACUGUUGCAAUUAAAGAAGGAGGGAAGAAAAAAUGAAUAUGAAAAGCACAAGCUGCAAGCUUUAAAUCAGCGUCAGAAAAUGGUCCUUCAAAGGAAAACUGAAGAAGCUGCAAUGGCAACCAAAAGGUUAAAGGAGUUGCUUGAAGCUCGUAAAACUUCCAGCCGAGACACUUUCGUUGCAACAAAUGGAAAUGGAACAAAUGGGCAGAGUAACGAGAAGUCCUUACAACGGUGGCUUGACCAUGAACUAGAAGUCACGGUAAAAGAACAUGAAGUUCGUUUUGAGUAUGAGAAACAGAGCCAAGUGCGAGCUGCCCUUGCAGAGGAGCUAGCCAUGCUGAAGCAUGUAAGUGAGUUUGCUGCUAAGGGUCUCAGUCCACCAAGAGGAAAGAACGGAUUUGCCAGGGCAUCCUCCAUGUCACCAAAUGCAAGAAUGGCUAGGAUAGCUUCACUUGAGAACAUGCUGAGUAUAUCCUCUAAUUCACUUGUAGCAAUGGCUUCUCAACUUUCCGAGGCAGAAGAACGAGAGAGGGCAUUCACUAAUCGUGGACGUUGGAAUCAGUUGCGAUCAAUGGGAGAAGCCAAGAAUUUGCUUCAAUAUAUGUUUAAUUCAGUUGGAGAUGCUAGGUGCCAACUCUGGGAGAAGGACAUGGAGAUCAGAGAAAUGAAAGAUCAAAUCAAAGAACUUGUUGGUCUUUUGCGCCAAAGUGAGAUGAAGAGAAAGGAAGCUGAGAAGGAGGUAAAAGGGAGAGAGCAAGCUGGCACAACCACAUUGGCUACUCCAGUAUCUGGAAAUUCUCCAAAUUCAUUGAAACAGUAUACUGAAGACAUGAAGGAACCUUUAUCUCCAAUGUCUGUGCCAAUACCAAGACAACUCAAAUAUACGCCAGGGGUUGCUAAUGGCUUGACGAGGGAAUCAGCUGCAUUUGUUGGUCAGGGUAGAAGGAUGAAACCCAUUGGGCAGCUGUCAAUGAAAAAACUAGCAAUUGUAGGACAAGCUUCUGGCAAGUUAUGGAGGUGGAAAAGAAGCCAUCAUCAGUGGCUACUACAAUUCAAGUGGAAGUGGCAGAAACCAUGGAGGCUUUCAGAAUGGAUUCGACACAGUGAUGAAACAAUCAUGAGAGCAAGACCACGCUCACAGGCUUUGCCACACAUGUGA